CAGCGCUGCGAGUGGGCCAUCACAGAGCAGCCGCAACUGAAUUAGGACAGACACUGUCGAGAAGACAAAAACUGAAGCUGCGAGACAUAGGGGAAAGGAAGAAGGAAAAGGAUCAGGCAUCCUCAUGGGACGCCUGUGACGGAGAGCGAGCGUGUGAAGUUACAGUAACAGUCGGUUCUGGUGGAGUUUCACAUCCCAGUUAGAUUUUUAAAAAAAACUGGAGCCUCGUCCGGGAGCAUGAAGCUCACUGGGACCGUCCUGAAACUGGAGUUCUCUCAUCGCAGCACAGAGGCCGAGCAUUCAAACAACACAACGGUGACACCACUAGAAACAAACACAACAGAUUCCGGAGUGUCAGCCCCAUCACCACCACAGCCGGAGAGAGGCCGGGCCCAGUGCUCGAUCUGUGCAGACAGAGCCACAGGGAGACAUUACAGCGCCUCCAGCUGUGACGGCUGCAAAGGCUUCUUCAGGAGGAGCAUCCGCAACAACCACACUUACAACUGCAGGUUCAACAGUCAAUGUGCGGUGGACAAAGACAAACGGAACCAGUGUCGUUCCUGCAGACUGCAAAAGUGUUUCAAGGCUGGAAUGAGAAAAGAAGCUGUUCAGAAUGAGAGAGACCGCAUCAACAGUCACAGAGCCAAGGGACAGACAGUGGGCACUCUGUCCAUCACUGUGCUCCAGCGGGCAGAGGCCAGCGCGACACAGUUUCCAGCUCCGGUCUCACCCAUCAGUCAUGACAUCGACACCAGGAAGACGGCCUGUGUGGGUGACGUGUUUCACUCCAUGAAGCAGCAACUCCUCCUGCUGGUGGAGUGGGCGAAACACAUCCCCGAGUUCUGCAGCCUCCCUUUGGACGACAGGGUGACCUUGCUACGAACCCACUCUGCAGAGCAUCUUAUUCUGGGGGCAGCACGACGCUCUUUGCCUUGCAACAAUCUCAUCCUUCUAGGCAAUGACUUUGUGAUCCCCCUGAGAGGCGCCCAGACAGAGGUGUCCACCGUGGCUUUCAGAAUCCAAGAGGAGCUGGUCAAACCUCUCAGAGAGCUGGACCUCCUGGACACAGAGUUUUCUUGCCUCAAAGCCAUCGUCUUCUUCAGCCCGGACUGUCCAGGUUUGGAGAGUCCUCGUCUCGUUCGACAUCUGCGGUUCCAGGCCCAGCUGCUGCUGGAGGAGGCGACCUGUGAGCAGAGGGGAAGGUUCGGGGAGCUCCUGCUGAUCCUGCCCGCCCUGCAGAGUGUGGCCUGGCAGAUGGUGGAGAGGCUGCACUUAGCACAGCUGCUGGGUGAAGCCAGAAUGGACAGCCUGUUGCAGGAGAUGCUGCUGGGAGAAGGUACAGACAACAGUGGGACUCAAGAGCAGCAAAGAGCUUCACCCCCAAACCACACCUCUGCCAUGUCCCACGUCUCAACAUCUCCUCCAGGCGGUUCUCCUGCUGCCCACGCAGACUGAGCUGAGGUGCACGGUCACAUCAAUGCUGCCAACGUGACCACGACAUAUACCAGUGGCACCUGUCUGCAAGAAACGUCCAAGAACAACAACUUGUCCAAGGAAUGGAAGGGUGUAAUGAGCUCGAGACAACACAUACUAAAAUAUUCACACACAUCCACAUUGUACAUACACAUAUAAUAGAACCGUCACCCACUACUGUUUAAAAAAUACUUUGUUUACUUGGAUCUACAGGGUGUGAUGCUAUAAUCAUUCCUAAUUUAAUAAUAAUAAUACAAAUAAUAAUAAUAAUAAUAAUAAUAUCUGUUCAGUCUAAUUUGAGAGCCAAAUCAUAACAUAGUUAGAUCGAGACCUUGAGUUUUUGUGAGAAAACUCAACAGCUUUAAUCUUGUGUCUUUGUGUGUAAUUGUGUUCAUUUGUCUAAGACAACAUAUAAAUAAAGUUUCACCUGUUUCAUAAGA